AUGGCUCUCGCAACGUUAUUUUCUCUCAGCCUCAUCACGCUGGCGCUUGCAAACUUACACCUGUCGAAAGCCAGCGACCGGCAUGCAGUGUACUGGAACAGCUCAAACCUACUGCUACGGAGGGAGGGAUUCACUGUGCAGGUCAGUGUCAACGACUACCUGGACAUCUACUGCCCUCACUACAACACCACCCAACGAGGGACACUAGAGCGCAACACUGCAGAGCAGUACAUCCUCUACAUGGUCAGCUAUCGCGGCUACCGGACCUGUGACCCCCAGCUGGGCUUCAAACGCUGGGAGUGCAACAGGCCACAUGCACCCCAUGGACCCAUCAAGUUUUCGGAGAAAUUCCAGCGUUACAGCGCCUUCUCACUGGGCUACGAGUUCAGCGUGGGCCAGGAAUACUACUAUAUCUCCACACCCACCCACCACCACGGCCACAGCUGCUUGAGACUGAGAGUCUACGUCUGCUGCUCCACUGUCUCCCAGGCAGAUGAUGACUCCAGUCAGACGUCUCCCGACUACACAGUCAGGCCAAACAUCAAAAUACACAACAUUGAUGAAUUUAACCCUGAAGUUCCCAAACUGGAGAAAAGUGUCAGUGGCAGUAGCCCCUCACGUGACCGCCUUCUUCUCACUGUGGCAAUGCUGCUUGUGUCUGCUGUCCUCUUGUCCUAG